AAAAGAUGGCAAACCGUGAAGAACACAAUUUCCAAGUUAGGAAACUAGAACUCUCAGACAAAGGCAAGGGAUUCAUAGAACUACUGCAGCAACUGACCGUUUGCGAUUCUGUAUCCGACAAGGACUUUAAAGAUCGAUUUAAGGAGCUUAGUGCCCGAGCAGAGGACCAUCAGGUCUUUGUAAUAGAAGAUGAUCGCUCCGGGAAGAUUGUGGCAACUGGGAGUGUGUUCAUUGAAAGGAAGUUUAUAAGAAACUGUGGCAAAGUCGGGCACAUUGAAGACGUUGUGGUUGAUGCCAAUGCACGCGGGAUGCAAUUAGGAAAGAAGAUGAUUGACGCCCUUACGGAUUAUGCUCGCUCGCUGGGGUGUUAUAAGGUGAUUCUCGAUUGCAGUGUUGAGAACAAAGCGUUCUAUGAGAAAUGUGGCUACAAGCAGAAGGAGAUUCAGAUGGUGAAGUACUUCAUCUGAGAAGCAUUCUUAAUUUCUUAAGAAAAUGCUGUCAAUUUCCAUGGCGCUUGUUUGGUGACAAAGAUUGAAUUGACGUAGACAACUCUGUGCGUAAGGUCUGUCGAUGAAAGAACUGAAGAUUGUGUCCAACUUGAAGCCAGAAGAUGGAUAACGCUUUGAGGGAACUUAUCCCUUCAAAUCCAACGUAAUGGUAGGAUUAGAAGGGAUAAUUUUCUUUCAUGUCCAGUCCAGCCAAAAAUGAGAAAUCAUUCACCUCUACCUUUAACGUACGAGCUUACUUUUAUUGUAUGAGUUAUGGGCUCUAAUCCAAUCUUAGUCACCAAACAAGCUCAUAUGAAGCACUCUCCAUGCUGCUGUGAAAGUGCAAAAAGGCAGGCUGGUAUGGCAUCAGUCCAGCCACUUGGAAGGAGACAGGAUUUAGUGGAAUAUUGCUUGGCUUCUUAUAAACAACGAGUCAUUCCUCCAUACAUAUCGACCACUCGUAUUAAUGCAUUAAGCUAGAAAUGUUUUCUUUAUGUGUAAGGAGCUAAAUAUUCAUGAC